AAGAAAUCAAAGACCUAUUUUUGCUAUAUGGAGAAGUUCACAAUAGCAUGAACCAUUGCAACUUCAUGAAUGAUGCAGAAAUUUAUCAUCUUGAAACAUACAUUAAGAAAUUUAUGGUUUCAUACAGAACAACUGGGAUGUCAGUGACGCCAAAAUUACAUAUGCUUGAGCAGCAUGUGAUAGAACAAGUGAAAAAAUGGCACUUUGGGCUUGGCCUACUUGGAGAACAGGGCGGAGAAGCACUUCAUGCUGUGUUCAACAAACGAAGACGGUUUGUUAGUGGAAUGCCUGACAAAGCCAAACAGAAUUUGUCCAUAAUGAGGGCACACUUCACAACAACGAUACCCGUUAUACAAAAUGAGGUUGAGCAGCCAAAGCGGAGAAAACGCGCAAUCGCUGAAGAAUAAACCAAGUGUCCAAUGCUACAGUGUCAGUCACCAAUGAAGUGAACCUGAAACAAUUUGAAUGUUGAUUGAUAUAUUUGUUGAUAUAAAUCGUAUAUGCUAUUUUAGCAAACAGUGAUGGCAUUUUGUGUGUUAACAUUGUGAUACAGUAUUCUCCCAAUUGACAAAUUUUUACUGGUAAAUUUGUCCGUAAAAAUUCAGCA